CAGACUUAACAGGUUUGCACCAUUGGUACACACGCGCACACUCAGGCAGCCAGACGACUGCUCUGAGGGAAGAAAGACAUCUAAACUUUGCGGGGAUAAAUGUGAUCAAUGCGCGCCAAUGGAUUAUCGACGAGGUGGUAAGUGCAAAGCGGGGCAUGCCUUCCUGGCAUGAAUUAUUUCAACCGUUCCCGUAAAGCGGCGGGAAUGCAGAGAGACGCCACAGCGGCGCGGAGCACCGCCGCCUCCUCCUCCGAAGCGGCCGAGGAGAAGAUCCCGCCGACGAUGACCGCUGGCGACCGGGGCGCUCCCGGACCAGACGGAGGAUGAAGCCGGCUGCCAGUGGCGAGGGAUCGAGAGCGGCAGCAGCAGAGGUGGAAUAUAAUGAAGUUGAGUGGCAAAGGGCUGUGCGUCGUCCUGUCCAGCAGCCUCCUCUUCGCAUGCGCGCUCAGCGAACUCGUGCUCGGGUUAAGAUGCGUCUCGCUGGGCUCCAGCGUCAAAGAACACUUCCACUUGGGCGCCGCGGCCGGAGCUUUCUAUUCCGGAUUGCUCCUCGGGACCGGACAGGUCGUCCUGGGCGUCGCGCUUCUCUGUUGCACGGGGAAGCCGCGAAGCAGGAAUUUGGUUCUCUUGGGGGUUGUGGUCUUCUUGCUGGGGGUGCUCACCGCCUUCUCCGGGGCCGUUGUGGACGGGGACACAGCUUCUCUGGUGGACAGGAAAUACACGCACUAUUGCGUCCACUCGGGACAGGUGACCCGCGCCUGCGAGGAGCUGAGGGAGUACCAGAGGAGUUUAGUCAUCUCCACGGUGCUCAGCACGCUCGAGUGCCUCUUAGGGCUCAUUAACCUGGUGCUCAUCCAAAGGUACAAAGCGGCCCAGUUCUCCAGGAGCAGACAGGUUCAGAGGCACAGCUCCGGGCCCAUCAUCUUCAGCGAGGAGCGGGACUGUUCCUCGGCGGACUUCCAGCCAGUCUCUUAUAUCAAUUUGGCCGUGUUGAACGUGUUCGACGAGACCGGCGCAGAAGCCCAGCGCGGCGGGCACCCCUCCAUCGAGCUGCCGGGGUACUCACCCGCAGACCCGGAACUCAACCACUGCUUCCCCUUCUCCUACCCGCUCCCCAGUGAACUGCCGCCGGCUUAUGAGGACAUUUUCCCCGCUGAGGCAUGCGACACAUAACUGCUAAGGAUUGCUUUUCUGCCGCCACCGCUUCGAAUUUACCACCAAUAAAGGAAGACAGCUUCCUGCAGUUUGCAUUAA